CAUUGCUCUCUCUCUGACCGAUCAUGGCUAGCAACGACUUCACCCCAAGAAAUACCUCCAUCUAUGGAACAAACAUUAUAAACAACGAUGAGCUGAGGAUCGUGAUGGUGGGGAAGACUGGAAUUGGGAAGAGCGCUUCUGGAAACACCAUUCUGGGUCGACCGUGCUUUCAGUCCAAAUGCAGCCCCAAAUCCAUGACCAUUGACUGCUCCAAAGGCUCCAGUAAUGUGGAUGGACAGCAGGUUACUGUCAUCGAUACUCCAGGUCUGUUUGACACCAGAUUUGGAAAAGAUAAAACCAUCAAAAAUCUGAGUCAGUGCGUCUGUUACGCUUCUCCUGGACCCCACAUCUUCCUGGUGGUUGUUCCAGUCGGCAGAUUCACAGAAGAAGAAAUAAAAUCAGUGCAAAAGAUUCAAGAACUCUUUGGAGAGGCUGCAGACAGAUACAGCAUGGUUCUGUUUACCCAUGGAGAUGAUCUUGAAGAUACCACCAUUGAAGAAUUUGUGUCUGAAAGCCCAGAGCUGCAGGAUCUGGUGUCCAGAUGUAACAACCAGUAUCAAGUUUUCAACAACAAGCUGAAAGAUAAGAAACCUCAGGUCACUGAGCUGCUGGAGAAGAUCAGAACCAUUGUUGAUAGGAAUGGAGGAAGUCACUACACCAAUGAGAUGUUCCAAGAGGCUGAGAGGGAAAUCGAAGACGAGAAACAACAAAUCCUGAAGGAGAAAGAAGAAGAAAUACGUAAAGAGAAAGAAGAAAUAGAGAGAAAAAUAGAAGAGAAGUAUCAGAAAUUGAUUCAGAAAAUGAAUGAACAAUUCCAGGCUGAGAGAGAUAGAAAUAUGUGGGAGAGAAAGCAGGAAAGAGAGGAAUGGACUAAGGAGGCAGAGAAGGAGAAGAGGCUGAUGGUGGAGGAGAUGCAAGAGGAGAGGAGGCACGAAAGGGACAUGAGAAGGGCAGAGAAAAAGGAGAGAGACAGUGAGUUAGAAAUUCUAAAAAGACAACUGGAGGAGCAGAAGAUCAGAGAAAUUCAAGAAGAAAAAGCCCAGGUGCAGCAAAGGCAUCAAUCUGAGGCGAGAGAAAAAGCUGAAAAUCAGGGUCCUUCCUAUCAUAUG